AUGCCACAUGGGCUUGCUGCAGAUCCGCCGCUGUCAGUGCAGGUCGUGCUUACUUUAUCCAAGCUUCAUCGCCUACACAGUACCCACAUUGACAACCGUCGAAGAAAACGGCCCGCAACACGUUUCAUGGACAAGCACGGCGAGAUUAGGUCUCGCCAAGAGACAGACAGCCUCAUGCUCACCACCGACGCACAUCUCAACAAGUCACAAUUAAGCGUCCGCAUAAUAUUCCUCAAUCGGUGCCCUUUGCGACAUAAUCGUGAGGCCGUCAAAAGAGCAGCACCCCGAGAUUGUUCGAUGCUCGCUCGAUUGAUUGUCAACUUGGUGCCAACUGUCGACGAUGAGAUCUGUACUACGACAACACAAUCAGCAUGUCGAAAAUACUACGCACUCUCCACCAUGGACGGAUGCAUCAAUGAUAGCACUUUCCCAACAGUACAACACUGCUUGCUGUCUCUAGAGACAGAAUAUAGCGUUCCUUUCAAUAUCGAAACCAGCCCAAUCACACCCUACCUAGACAACCCCCCAAAAAUCAUCCCAACUCAUCUCAUCUCCCUCGUACGGAAGUCAAAGUACAAUCAUAAAAACCAAGUGAAUUCGGCUAAUCUACCACCCUACACAUAG